GACGGAGAGGGCUGUCCUGGUGUGUGAAAGAGGAACAAGAAGAGGUACCGUGUCACCUAGAAGAACACCUAGAAGAACACAGUGGCUGUAUAGACCAGGCUAUAGACCCUUCAGAAUCACUGCAGAAGAAGCACCGGAGUCACACCACUGAAACCAACUACCCUUGCUUAGCCUGUGGGAAGUAUUUCUACAACUCAUCAACCCUGCGGAGACACAUGCGUACUCACACAGGAGAGAGGCCGUAUCACUGCUCUGAGUGUGGGCGAAGCUUCAGUCACUCUGGCAACCUGAGGAGUCAUCAGGUGAUCCACACAGGAGAGAGACCGUACCACUGUCUGGUCUGUGGCAAGAGCUUCAGUCAGCCAGGAGGCCUGGCCAAGCACCAGAGAACACACACAGGAGAGAAGCCAUUCCACUGCACUUUCACAGAGUGCGGCAAGAGUUUCUCCAAGUUAGAACACCUACAGAUACACCACAGGACUCACACAGGAGAGAAGCCUUACCCCUGCUCUGCCUCUGACUGUGGAAGGAGAUUCUCCAACUCAGGCCAGCUGAUCCAACACAUGCGGACUCACACAGGAGAGAGGCCGUACCACUGCUCAGAGUGUCUGAAGACCUUCUCCCACCCAGGAGCUCUGAAGGACCACCAGAGGAUUCACUCAGGAGAGAGACCCUACGUCUGUGCUGUCUCGGCCUGCGGUAAGACGUUUAUAAACUCUGGGGCUCUGAAAAAGCACAGCCAGACCCACACAGGGGAAAAACCUCACUGCUGCUCUGACUGUGGGAGAGGCUUCUCCCAGCUGGCUCACCUCCAGGCUCAUCAGAGGACUCACACAGGAGAAAGACCCUAUCAUUGCUCCCUCUGUUGGAAGAGCUUUAUCCAACAAGGGCAUCUGGACAGGCAUAGACGCAUCCACCUAGCAGCGGACACACCUGGAGAUCAGUUAUCCCCUAGCAUCAGUCCAGAUCAGCACAUCAGACCGAUAGAUGAUUCACCUGAGGUCUUUGAUGAAGAGACUCUACCAGAACAACAUGUACAUCCUGAAUCAAUGAAUGACCUUGAAUGAUUGGUUUGAUUGCAUAAUUCCAGACUGUGUCAAUUUUUACAGUUUCUGCUUGUAUCUCACUGCUGCAUAAAACCAUUGGUGUUAUUAUUCUGUCAAAUAUCCUGCAAUACAUAAUGUGGAUGGAUGGGAUGGAUGGAAUGGAUGGAUGGAUGGAUGGAUGAUUGGAUGGAUGGAUGGAUGAUGGAAUGGAUGGAUGGAUGGAUGGAUGGAUGAAUGGAUGGAUGGAAUGGAUGGAUUAGAUGGAUGGAAUGGAUGGAUGGAUGGAUGGAUGGAUGGAUGGAUGGAUUGGAUGGAUGGAUGGAUGGAAUGGAUGGAUGGAUGGAUGGAUGGAUGGAUUGGAUGGAUGGAAUGGAUGGAUGGAUGGAUGGAUGGAUGGAUGGAUUGGAUGGAUGGAUGGAAUGGAUGGAUGGAUGGAUGGAUGGAAUGGAUGGAU